AUGGCACCGAAACGAGCACUGACACAGAAUGCUCGCAACGCCUACAUCGAAGACAAAUUUCCAGAGGAAGCCCGCCGGCGAAAUCUCGAUCCUAAAACCCUCUGGGCAAAAAGAAAGAAGGACACAAGACGUGAGCGGAUAGUCAAACACUGCUCCAAGAGCUUUCCCUCACUCAGCACACAACGGAAGAAAUGGUACCAGUACCAAGUCGAGAAGAAAUGGCCCUUGUGGUUCGAGCGUCCCAAUGCUGUGGUCGACCUUCAGCAUCUCGACCCAGGUCCGGAAUGGGUCGUUCAAUACGAGCUUGACCACUUCUCCCAGGACAAGAAAGGGGAUCCAAAGCGAAACCAGUGGCUCAAGAAGCAUCGCCAGAACCCGGACGAUAUGCCUGCCGCGCGUAAAGCACAUUUGGAACAGACGAGAAACAUGAUUCUACGAGCUCGUGCCAAACUACAGCCUUUCACCCCUGGCGCUCCGGCUGUUCCAGGCAAUGACACCGUAACAAGGCCUCUACCGGACGACGACAUGCAGGAUGAUGACAGAUCCGUCCUUGCAUCGUCGCUCUGGGUUUGCCACAAAGUUCUGUAUGACAUGCGUGCUUGUCAGGUCUUGAUUUACCGACGCCAUGAUGCGGAUAACAAAACAACGGAUAGAUACACAGUCGAGUACAAGAACGAUCAUCUCCGUCCAGACCCUGAGACCAAGGGCAUAAUGAAAACGAUCGCCAUGGGAUGGGCUCCGCAUGGCAAUCUCGCGGAACUCAUUGACCACUACGACACUAGCAAGGACAUGAUUCCGGAACCUUUCGUGUGGUAUUGCUUCAGAGCCGUAACGGAAAAUGCACUCGUAUGUUGGAAUGGCCAUACAGGAAGGGACAUGGUGCCAGGAUGGGAGCACAUCGUAAAUUGCGAUAUCAAGGCUGAUAACGUAUUCCUCGGCGAGCCUGACCCCAAUGAACCUAUGGUAUGGGCACGACGAUAUCCUCAGCCCAAAAUCGGCGACUUUGGAGCAUCCUACAUAACACGCAGCGGACUAGAUGAUACCGGUCAUCCGAUGCCUUACAGACGACGUGUAAACCCACCCGAUUUCCGAGGAUAUGGAACCCCCGGAAGCAUGGCACCGGAGGCUAUGCCGCACCAACUCGAUCAAUUGACACACGCCCGCUACGAGGCGUCCAGAGCCCCAUACAUAGGGAGGCGGCUUGCAACUGAGCUGCACGGAGCAGACGCCACAGUUCACUCGUGGACGAUGGUCUGGGAGAUCGGCAUGCUGAUGUGGUGCAUGCUGUCCAACAACUCGUAUGGGGGUGUUAAUACGCAACAAACGGAGAUUGUGGUCGACUUUUCAGACUCUGCUGGCGGUCGAGAUCUGCCGGCCAGGCGAACGAUGAGAGGCGCAUCGAUGAGACCGGCGUACUCGGGCAGGUUGGUGGAGCUGGUGUAUCAGUGCCUUGCCUUUCGUCCGCAAGAUAGGAUCGGUCUGGCAGAUUUGUGGGAUCAGGUAGUGGAGGGAUGCAACGACACGGCUGCCUUGUUUGAUGGACUUCAGACAGCGCCUCCGCCGAAUGGGCCAAACGGCGUGAGCUUUGUGCCGGAUAAAUACCCGGUUGGGGAGAACGUACUGAACGACACGGGAUAG